AAUAGGAUUUCUUAUUUCUCCUUGCUGCUUCCUCCUUGGUCAUAAGUGUGUUGAUGGAUUCCAGAUUCAGGUAGGGCUAUUAUGACUGUAAGAGCAUUUUAUGUGAGUGGUGACCUGGUGUAACCUGGCACUACUGCUUUUCCCACCCUCAGUUAGCUUAUGUUUCAUAAGGAUGGAUAGGCUGUCUUUUGUUGUCAGUCUUAUCAUUUUAUCUCAAUUUAAAGUCUUGCCUUCCUAUUCUGUUAUAGGCUGGCAGGGAGCAUGGCUGUAACCAGCACGGAGACUCUGGGCCAAAGCACACAGUGCAAAUCUGUACAAACACAUCAAAACACAAGCAAGACUUUGACCUACUGUAUGAAGGCAGUAACUGUCAUUAAAAAGCAAAAUAAUUUCCGGCUGUGUAUGGAGCCCAUUUAGUCCUGCUCCUCGUUUGCUCCCUCUCACAGAGGGGUGUCUCCCGAGAAAAUUAAAAAUGAAACCCCGUCUGGAUUUGAAAGUGCUUGAGAAAAUCAGAUUAAUUCAGUGACGGUGUUCAAUAUUCACAAAGCUCGACAGCAUCUUCCUGAUGAGCCCUGAAGAUAACGCCCACCCCACUGAAGACGAGCAGACGGUUAUUCAUCGGCCAAAGAGGAGUCCAGGCAAACGAGCAGAAUCAGAGUCAAAUGGAAAAAGGAAAGAGAAGAAGAAAGCUAAAAAAGGUCCACCUGGUGCGCCUGGCCCCCCAGGUCCUCCUGGUCCUCCGGGGCCACAGGGCCCCCCCGGGAUUCCUGGUAUUCCUGGCAUUCCAGGCAGCAACGCCAUGGGCCCGACGGGGCCACCUGGUCCCCCGGGGCCACCAGGGCCACAAGGGCCACCCGGACCCCAGGGACCAGCAGGGGGCCUUGAUAAAGUCAGACUGAGAGAAAUGCAGCCUGCUGUGGCUCAUUUGCAGGGCCAGGAAACAACCAUACAAGUCAAGGAAGAUCUUUCAGAAGGCGUUCUGAGGAACUGGAGGAUGAUCUCCGUGCACCACAAGGUGUUCAAGAUGCACUCGCGCUCGGGGGAGCUGGAGGUGCUGGUGGACGGCACCUACUUCAUCUAUAGUCAGGUAGAAGUUUACUACCUCAACUUCACUGACAUCGCCAGCUACGAGGUGAUGGUGGACAAGACGCCCUUCCUGCGCUGCACGCGCAGCAUCGAGACGGGCCAGCGCAAGUUCAACACCUGCUACACGGCGGGCGUGUGCCCGCUCCGCGCCCGCCAGCGCAUCUCCAUCCGCAUGGUGUACGAGGACACCUCCAUCAGCAUGACCAACCACACCACCUUCCUGGGCAGCAUCCGCCUGGGAGACUUCCCGCCGACCGGCCACUCCUGAGUCCCAACGGUUGUCCCGUCCCCCUCCUGCCCUCACCAUCGCCCCCGCCCUUCUUUGAUCCUGAGUCCCACCCACACCGUUGCCCCCGCCCCCUGUUCCCUGCUCCCAUUUCACCCCACCCAGACCAUUGCCCCACCCCCUGUUCACCUUUCACCCCACAAAUACCAUUACCCUACGCCCUGUUCACCUUUCACCCCACCCACAACUUUGCCCCACCCCCUAUUCACAUUUCACUGCACCCCCUCCAUUGCCCCACCCCCUGUUCACCUUUCACCCCACCCACAACUUUGCCCCACCCCCUAUUCACAUUUCACCCCACCCCCUCCAUUGCCCCACCCCCUGUUCACCUUUCACCCCACCCCCUCCAUUGCCCCACCCCCUGUUCACAUUUCACCCCACCCACACCAUUGCUUCUCCCUCUACUCACCCCUCGCUAUAGUUCACACCCUCAUCCCGACUCUGGCCAGAGUUUGCCAUUGCCAGUAUAUACAUAUAUAUAAACAAGCAAUGCUAAACUCUGCCGUUCACAUGUUGGGGAAUCUUUUGUUUCUGAGUAUACAGCCCCUCGGUUUAGACAACAAAGGACGACAUUUGCUUUGAUGAGCACUGUAUGUACCUACCUGUAUAUACACCUGUACUUCAGACUGCAUCCUGCAGCCCCCGCGGAUAAGUAUCUGUUCAUUCCACUGUCUCCACGGCGACAAGGAAAGGACAACAUAAACACAGGCCCAUACAACUACAAGUGGAGGGAGAGAAACUUUUUGUAUUCCCUUCAGGUCUUUAACAGGGACAUUAUUCAUAAAAACACGAAUAAUUGUGUUGAUUUUUUUUUUUUUUUUUUUUUUUUAAAGAAAAAAAAAUGCUAAUGCAUUAUCAACUUAUACAAAUAUCCUUUCCCAGAAACUUUUGAAUACACCUCUGGGAAAGGCAAAUUGUGAGACCAACAAAUUUUGUGGGAUUACAUUGACAUGAUGGCAUGUGUAUGAGCACACUUUGAUCUGACUCUCUUGCACACAUGAUCUUUAUUUAUUGAGAUGACUCCAGGUCUGUAAAGGUGCAUUUCUUUUGUGAAAAAGCAGGCCUGACAUUUAAAUCUGUAGCUAACUACUUCUUUCUUCCAAAAAUGACAAUAUUAAACUACAGCAAUUAUAUUGCAUUUCUUCAUGAUAAGAUGCAAGAGAAAAAUGUUUCAAUUUCACAGGUUUCACUUUAAGAGGAAUGCAUAAACCAGCUAAAAAUGGUCUAAUAACUUUAUUGUGUUAAAUAAAAAAUCUCAAAACACCAAUAUUGUCAUUUUUGUUCAUUUUGAUUAGUCUUUGCCUGCAUAUUAUACAAUGGUAUUGUGUCGCUCAGUCCAGCUUAUAAUUUCAUAUCUCAUUAAAUGUUUAAAAAAUAAAUUCUUGGCUUUGUUUGAAAAUUGGUGUGUUAGACCGCCAUCACUGCUUGUAUCAGAUUUCAUGAUGAUGUCCCUGUGUACCGGCCCAAAGGAAGCCAUUUUGUGCCAGCUGCCAAAAUCAAAACAACUGAACAACUGGAAGCCAUUGAGAAAUAUCUCAGCAAAGCAAACACAAAACAAAUAGUUUCACAUCAUCACAGGUCUCCAGUGAUUUCUUCUUUGGUGCAAAUUUUAUUUCAAUUUUUUUAUUUUAUUUUAUCGAUUAAUGGUCCUUGUUUUGGAUCCAGACUCAUCCCAGCUUCCAGAGGGUUAUUGCAUAUGCAAUAUUUAGUAUUUCUGAUUUUGAAUGCUGUGUAAUCUCAGCUGUUUAGCAGGGCAUUGGUUUGGAAAUUUGAGUUGCUGGGGCAGGAGUUUCAAAUGCUCGUAUUUUGAAGCAAAGGCCGUGGGCCCUGUUUUAUUGAGUCUCAGUUCAAUGCACAUAAUGAGAAGUGUUUUUUGUGGAAAAAGGCCUGUUUGUUUUCCUUUGGUUAUGUUUCAAAAUGGAAUAACGUCUCAGAGCUGAGUUUUAAACCCAUCGUUUAAGGCCCAGACAGACUCUUGCAGACAGCAGUGGAAAUGACUUCAAUGCUUUUGGGCCAAAUUAAGAUUAGUGAACUUCCCACUGUCAAAGUACUCCAGGUGGUAUUGGAUCCAGUUAUGUUUUCGUUGACAGAGGUUUUAUUUAACUUUAGGAUAACCCAUCUCUGAACACUUUGAAUUCCUUUGAUUGGCUGGUGGUAAUUUCAAUAAAAUGUUUGACAUGUCUCAUCACUGAAGAAAUGUCUUUUUUGCUGCCUUUCUUGAAUGAACAUGUACUUUAUUUUUCAAGAACAUGUAUUCAAAUUGUAUGUCAUGUUUAUAACAUUAUUUACGGUAUAGCCAAAAGGUUUGUCACUUUUUAUAGCGACUUGUGUCAACUGAUUCCAAAUUGCCAGAUGGUAUCCAAAAGUAUCUGUUAUCCUAAAUUACAGGCCCACUGAUUUGAUUAUUACCGAUAUAUCUACUAGGCUUUGGUUAAUUAGUUAUCCCCCAAGUUCACAUCAGAGCAUGUUGCAAAAUUGACAGAGGAAUAUGUAAUGUCCACACAGUAGCUAUAGUUUUUUUUUUUUCUUUUUUAGUUUUACUUUUUUCUGUUUUUCCUAGUUUAUUGUCCCUAGAAGCCAUUAUCGGCAGCCUUUCUGUUCAGUUGGAUUGUGUGACAAGUCAUGGUAGUAAAAACCUUUGUUAUCCUACUUUGUGGAAUAUGCUGUACAUUUGUAAACUGUAUUGUGGUUGUACAUAUGUAUAUAUAAAUAGAAUGUACUUUUUUUGUAAAUGGACUUUAUUUCUCAAUUCAUACAAUUAAAGUCUUUUUCAGUCAUA